AUCUACCCAACUGUUAAAAGUUUGUGUAACUAAAAUUUGUUUUUAUUUUGAAUUCAAAUCAUACAUGUUUGUUGUAGAUUUUAAUUAUUGUAAUUUAUUUUGCUUCAUUCUGACAUUAUUUAAGCAUUCAACUUUGGUACCUGAAGCAUCUACAAUACUCCUGCCCAACCCCUUAACUGCAGACCAAUCACAUUAUCUGUAGCAGCAAUAGCCUCGCCGUCUGAGUUUGACAAUUUCAUGCGAAAUUAAUACAUGAUGUGAUGCAACAAAUCUAUGUAAAAAAUAUAAAUAGAACAGAUUCUUGUUUAAUUGCAGGUUGUUUUUGUCCUAAAAUGAAAGAGUUGGAAGUUUGUAAUUAAAUAAUGUUUUUAGCAUAUUUAAAAUGUUCCCUUUGUUAGAUGCAUCCUUACUCCAACAGACCAGGAUCAGCUCUGAACAGACCUGCUGACCAGCCAUUCAUUUGAUUCGGGUGUGUUGGAGCAGGGAAGCACCUGAACGUUGCAGGAUGGUAUUUCUCGAGGACUGGACUUGAGCUCCCCUGAUCUAGAUAUUCUUAAAGACUUUGUGGUACAGAUGAUGAAACAUAUUAAGAUUAUUAAACCAACAUAUAUAUCUUAACAUAGCGCAGGUAAAACUUUCAAUGUUUUCAACAAAAAUAAAGUUCUCCAAGGAUGAUGAUAGAUCUACUUUGGUUAUUUGACCACUAGAUGGCAGCGUAACUCAAUCUAAAAAACAAAGCUGGCACGUUACUGUCUCCAAAACCUAUUGGGGAGCUUUGUGAUAUUUUCAGUCAAAAUAGAGUUUAAAGAAUAACAGAACAACUAUGUAUUUUAAGCAUUUCAUGAAUUAAUUUCCAUCCAACCAUACAGUGGUAUUGGUGUUCUUUCACUUAGUAUGAACCUCAAAUGUAAUUUACUUAAAAUCUCUUUGAAUAUUGUGAUUAAAUAAUUUAAUUUUUAUGUGUAGAAUUGUAGCCUAAUGUUAAAUGUACAGACACUGAAGCGCCUUUUACAGGUUUCGUCCGGCGGGAUACAGAUCGAGCUUUUAUUUUGAAGGCUAAUAUGACCCGCUCGCUACCGGAAGUUAUUGUCUCCUAGCAGCAGUUGCUAGUGAGCGAUAAAAGUAUUGUUUCCUUUACCCAUUUUACGUUUUCAUGUGUUGUCAACCUUUUAGAGUCUUUCAAACAUGCUUUGAAAACCACAGAGGGUUUAAUCGUCUGUGAGGAGUAAAUAUUUUUGUUGUUGUUUCUCUUGGUUUCCUCGGAGUGUUAGCAUCUUCCGUUAGCUGGAAACAGACAGUCAGCGAUUCAGAGACGCUUUGGUGGAGAACAGACCGUUUCUGGUGGAGUGUGAGGAGGGGAAGGUUUCUGCUGUGGCCGGGUGAAACCCAAAAAAAUGAAGCGAAACAAUGGAGGAACCGACACACAGAGAGCAGAUGGACUCCGACUCUCAUGACAUCCAGCAGCUGACGGUGGUUAAAGAAGAGCUUCCUCUUGAGGAGGAGAACUGCAGUCCCAGACCAGACCAGGAGGACCAGAAGUCUCCACAGAUUAAAGAGGAGCAGGAGGAGAAUGAGAUCACAGAGUUCAUAUUUGAUCCUGUAUCUAUAAAAAAUGAAGACGAUGAAGAGAAACCUCAGCUCUCAGAGCUUCAUCACAACCAGACGGAGCUGAACAGAGAAGAUACAGGAGCAGAACCAGAUGAAUGUUUGGAAACUGACGAGGAAGACAAAGCAUCGGGUUCUUCAGAGACGGACGUCAGUGAUGGGAACUGGGAGGAGAGCAGCGAAGCUGAAUCCGGUUCAGACUCUCUGAGAAACAACAAAUCUCCUGUAAGUGAUGGAAACUGUGAGAGAGAUGACAAGCUUCACAUCUGUGGUGAAUGUAGUAAAGCAUUCAAACGCAGAUCAUGUUUGGUACGACACAACAGAAUCCACACAGGAGAGAAACCCUUCAGCUGUUCCAUCUGUAGCAAAUUGUUCACAUGGAAACGAGGCUUGGUUAUACAUAUGAGAACGCACAGCGGAGAAAAACCUUUCAGCUGCUCGGUCUGUGGUCAAAGGUUCUCAAGAAAGGAGUCUGUGACCUCUCACAUGAGAUGUCACUCAUCAGAAAAACCUUUCAGCUGUUCCAUUUGUGGGAAAAAGUUCAACAGGAAGGAAAAUGUUCUUCGGCACAUGAGAUGCCACACUGAAGAAAAGCCGUUCAGUUGCUCCAUUUGUGGACAAAAGUUUGGCAGGAGGGAAAGUUUAAGCUAUCACAUGACGCAUCACACUACGGAGAAACCCUACAGCUGUUCUGUCUGUAACAAAGCUUUUACUCUGAAAGUAACUUUGAUGGAACAUACAAGAUUUCACACAGAGGACAGACCAUUCAGCUGCUCUGUCUGUAAAACUGCUUUUAAAAGAAAAGCCUAUCUGACAGAGCACCAAAAAAUUCACACUGGAGAGAAACCUUUCAGCUGUUCAGUCUGCAGCCGAAGCUUUCGUCAGUCUAACAGCCUGAAGCGCCACAUGAGAAGUCACACAGAAGAAAAACCUUUCAGCUGCCCCAUCUGUCAAGCAACAUUCAAAUGGAAAAGUGCUUGCGUAAAACACGUAAAAAAUCACACAGGUGAAUAACCAGUGAAGUAGAGAUGCAGUGUCUUGCAAAUGUAUUCAUACCCAUUAAAAUUUCCCACAUUUUCUAAUGCUACAACAACAAACAGCAGUCCAGGGUUUUCAUUAAACCAACAAAAAAUAGUGAAUAAUGGUGUGGUGGGAAGAGAAUGAUUGUUUUUCAAUAUCAUUUUAUCAGUUAUUGCAAUCGGUUGAUGGUAUUCAUUGCUACUAUGGGUGGAACAAGCAGUGAUUAGAUUUUUAUUAAAUCUGUAGCAGAUGAUGUUUGGAAGAUGGAUGGACAAAAAAUGUGGGCGUGGGUUGAAGGUGCAUCGCUCAGUAAAUCUGAAUGUUAUUUAAAAAGUUCAUUUCAGUGACUUAACUUUAAAUGAAACACAUUAUAUAAAUUAAUUACACACAAACAGAUGUUUUUAAACUUUUAUUUCUUAAUUAGAAUGAUUUUUAACUUUAAACCAAAGGAAAUGCAGCAUUUCAGAUUAAAAUACUAUAUUAAAUUAACAAAAAACACUUUUAAAACAGAAAUGUUAUAACAAAUUAUGUUUAACUUCGGAUUAAAGGUUGUUUUCAAAGCAUACUUUAAUCUGACAGACAAGCCUCAUAGUAAAUAGGCAGUUUUAUGGCUGAUUACCAAUUUUAGCCGAUGCCAAUUUCUGUUGUCUGAAAAGUAGCUAAAUGUAGCAACAAAAUCUCUAACUCUGCACGGUUAGCUUUUUGAUUCAGUGGUGUUGUUGCAGGAAUGUAGCCAAAAAUUUGCAGGACAGCAAAACACAAACGCUAGAGUUGUAAAGGCUUUAAAUUGUUGUAAUGUUUCAAAGUGCCCCAGUGAAAAUUCAGACAUAAGGUUAACUGAGAAUGUGUGGUGAAAAUUGAGAUUCUCUGUCCAAUCUUACAGAGAUGAGCUUUAUUGUUUAACCAUAAAGACUCAUUUUUACUUUACAUAAAAUGCAAGAAAAAACAGAUGUUUGUGGUUUCAAAGUGACAAAAAUGUGAAAAAUUCAGGGGUGUGAAUAUUUUUUAUGCAAAGUGUAACAGUUUGCCCUGUUUGGAUUUUGUUGUGACUCUUUAAUUGAUGUGUAGAAUUAAAUAAACUCUGCUGCAUGUCUGA